AUGAAGCACUCGAACGGUGCCGAUCAGGAAUCAGCCCCCCCGUUAAUUGCAAUCGUUGGGAUGGCUAUGAGGCUCCCCGGUGGUAUCCAAACCAGCGAGAGGUUUUGGGAACUACUGAUCAAAGGAGAGGACGUCUCGUCGGUAGUCCCUGAAAGUCGCUACAACAUUGAUGCAUUCUACCACCCUACCAAGCCGCAGUCUGCGAAGACUCGAUCCGGAUACUUUUUACGAGAUGACUACGUGGGGUCGGCUGACACCUCGUUCUUUCAGAUGGCAGGGUAUGAGGCGGGAAAGCUUGAUCCCCAACAAAUGCUUCUGAUGGAAGUGGUCUGGGAGUGUAUGGAAAACGCUGGCCAGACAGGCUGGCGUGGGCAAAACAUCGGCUGCUAUGUGGGCGCCUUCGGUGAGGAUUGGCAUGAGUUAUCCGCAAAGGAGACUCAGGAUAUUCCACGAGUUCAUGCGUUUGCGACGGGAGCAUUUGCCCUGUCGAACAGAGUUUCGUAUGAGUACGACUUGAAAGGCCCGAGUGUAACUAUACAAACCGCCUGUUCUUCCUCGAUGGUAGCCUUACACGAAGCAUGCUGUGCGAUUUAUUCUGGUACCUGCUCUUCCGCUAUUGUCGCUGGGACUAACAUUAUAUUGUCCCCCACAAUGACGGCCAAUAUGUCCGAUAACAUGGUCCUUUCUCCUAGUGGUCACUGCAAAACAUUCGAUGCCGAUGCCGAUGGAUAUGCGAGAGCAGAAGCUGUGAAUGCAGUAUACCUUAAACCGCUAGACCAGGCAAUUCGAGAUGGAGACCCAAUUCGUUCUGUUCUUCGUUCGACAUCGACAAAUUUCGAUGGAAGAACCGAGAAGAUAUUCUCGCCCAAUGCAGAUAGCCAGGAAAGACUUAUUCGGCAAGCAUAUGAACGUGCUCGCAUCGAUGACUUCUCGCAGACGGCUUUCUUUGAAUGUCAUGGAACGGGAACGAGGGCCGGUGACUUGGCUGAAGGGAUUGCAGUGGGCAGGAUUUUUGGGCCUGAAGGAAUUUACAUGGGAGCGGUAAAACCAAACGUGGGACAUAGCGAAGGAGCAUCGGGCCUCACCAGUGUCAUCAAGGCAGUGCUUGCUCUGGAGCACCGAAUCAUUCCACCCAAUAUCCACUUCACGAAUCCUAACCCCAAAAUCCCGUUCAAAGAAAGGGGUUUACGAGUGCCGACCGAACCAAUCCCUUGGCCUCCCGGCCGUGCAGACAGAGUAAGCGUCAACUGUUUUGGUAUCGGUGGCGCAAAUGCACAUGCUGUCUUGGAGCUGCCGCCUUCUGUUCGUCACAAGCGCCCACAGCUCCUAGUUGCUUCGGCACAGAGCGAAGAAUCUCUCCGGAUUCAGGUGAGUAACAUACAAGACUAUGUCAAAUCUUGCCCCGGGCCACUCUACGAUGUGGCAUACACUCUUGGGACAAGGCGAGAACAUCUCCAAUAUAGAGCCUUCAUGAUCUCAACUCAAGAUGGCUGCCUUGAAGCUGAGACCUCGCGAUCACCAUGUUGCUCACAGCCACCAGUAGUUUUUACGUUUCCCGGCCAAGGUACACAAUGGCCUGAAAUGUGCAAGGGCUUGGUGGAGAGGUUUGCCUCUUUCCUUGACGACAUACGGAAAAUGGACUGUAUAUUAAAGCGGCUACCACAUGCGCCAACUUGGAGCAUAGAAGAGGAGCUUUUGCGACCUAGACAUACAAGUCGGGUUAAUGAACCGGAGCUAUCUCAGCCACUUGUCGUGGCUGUUCAAAUAGCGAUAGUCAAUUUGCUAGCUAGCUGGGGCACUCGUCCUACUGCAGUCGUGGGACAUUCCAGUGGGGAGAUUGCUGCCGCAUAUGCAGCGGGGGCUAUCUCUGUUGAGACAGCAAUCAUUGCCAGUUACUACCGCGGUCAAGUCGUGAAAUCAAACAAACGAGCAGGUGCUAUGGCUGUUGUCGGUCUGAGCAAGGAAGAGGUAUAUCCGUUCUUGGUUGACGGUGUGGUGGUGGCAUGCGAGAAUAGUCCCCGAAGUGUCAACCUGUCCGGCGACAAGGAUCGCCUCGACGCCGUGCUUGAGAGGAUCCAGCGAGAAAUGCCAGAGACAUAUCACAGUAUCGUGAAUGUCGGCGUGGCAUACCAUUCUCACCAUAUGCUUUGUCUGGGAGAAAUCUACGAAAAUAUGAUCUCACCCUACAUAGUACCCCAGCAAUCGAUGACCCCGAUGUAUUCUUCGGUUACUGAAGGCAUAGUCCCUAGUCCAGCCUUCCUGGAUGCAACAUAUUGGCGGCAAAAUCUCGAAUCCCCGGUCCGAUACCUGGGAGCCGUGGAAGCUUUGCUUGAAAGACCGGGGAUGGACCACGUGCUUUUUAUAGAGGUUGGACCCCAUUCCGUACUGUCCAGUAUUACAAGGCAGAUAUUCAACGAUCGGAAAGAGGUCUUGCACUAUAUUCCCACCCUUCUUAAAGAUGGCGAUGCAUCGAGCUGUGUACUGAAAACGGCUGGGCUGAUGUAUCUGUUCAACCAUUGCCCCGACUUCCAAAGCAUCAAUGGCCCAGGGGAGGUGGUCGUUGACAUCCCACCUUAUCCAUGGCACCGCACAAGCAUCAAUUGGAAGGAGAGCCGCGUUAGCCGCGAAUGGAGAUUCCGAAAGUACCCUCAGCAUGAGCUGCUGGGCUGCCGCAUGCUUGAGUGUAGCGACCUAGAGCCAUCAUGGCGGAAUAUACUCAACAUAAGAAACAUCGCAUGGCUGUAUGACCAUAGGGUCUUUGGGGAGGUUUUCUUCCCCUGUGCAGGUUACAUUGCCAUUGUCAAUGAGGCGAUGAGACAAAUAUCAGGCUCCGUCGAGUGCACUUUGAGGAAUGUGUGUAUACAGACACCUCUAGUUCUGCAAAUGUCUACCGGAGUUGAGAUCAUGACUUCGUUCAAACCAGUCAGGCUGACUACCACUGUCGAAUCUAUGUGGUAUGAGUUUACCAUAGCCUCCUACGACGGCAAAUCAUGGACAAAGCAUUGCGUCGGCAAAGCUAGACCUGGCACAGAUGAACCAGAAGAGUCGAAGAUUAUCAAGCCUCUGCCCAGAAGUGUCUCCAUAGACACAUGUUAUCAGGCAUUCCAAGCUAUUGGUUUGCAAUAUGGACCGCGUUUCCGCAAACUGCGGAGAAUUACAGCGGACCCCAUGAGCUCCAUCGCAAGCGCGACUGUCUGCAAUAAGCCAGUUUUGCAUGAGUGUACAUACACUGUCCAUCCAACGACUAUUGACCAAUGUCUUCAACUUUUUAGUGUUGCAGGAUGCCGAGGCAGAGGGCGAGAGGCUAAGAAAUUAUAUUUGCCUGCGUUCAUUGAAAGGGUUUAUAUCGGUCAGGGAGGGCCGAUGCUGCAGGUGGAGGCUUCCAUUAGCAGCCCAGUGACCAAUCAUGGUCUAGGAGAUGCAACUGCAGUAUUCGAGGACAAAGUGGUGGUCUCGCUACGAGGUGCGCUAAUGAUACCCGUGGCUGGUAUGAAACCCAGUGAAGAAUCUGGAGUCCCCCUGGCUUCGUACAUGGAAUGGCGGCCAGAGAUUUCACUUAGCCUCCCCCUGAAAUUCUCGAGGAAAGAGCCUGAAAUGGAGUCUCGAAUACGCAUCCUGGAAAAGCUAUCCAACCUUUCUCUCCUACAAAUCCUGAAGGUUGCUGGCAGUACCAGUCCAAGCGUUCCCCAUUUGCAAAAGUACCCAGAAUUGCUCCGAAGAGCAACAGCUGCAGUCAAAGCUUUGGGACGGGGAGACAUUAGCACCGAUCCAGUUCAUGUAACGCGUGAGAAAUUAUUCGAAAGCCUUCAUCACGACGAUCAACUAAGGUCCUACGCCGAACUGAAUCAAAAUGUUGUCAAUCAUUGUACGGACAUUCUAAAUGGCUCUGUUGACUCAUUAACAGUACUAGGGCAAGAGGGAGGCCUGCACACGUUAUACGAAACAUUCUAUUACAACAACGAGUUGUGCAACUUUUUUACCCUUCUUCAUCAUUCCAACCCAAUGCUGAGAAUACUCGAAAUCGGAGCUGGGACGGGAGGUUCAACCACAUACAUCCUGAAGGCCCUACUAUCUGAGAAUGGAAGAAGGCCUUAUUCGCAAUACAUGUGCACUGAUAUCUCUUCUAGCUUUCUUGACAGAACCAGGGAGGCAUUCAAAGAUCACAAGAACACUGAAUUCCAACUGCUUGAUAUUGCUGUAGAGCCGUCGGAACAGGGAUUCCAGUCACAAAGCUACGAUGUAGUCAUUGCUUCUAAUGUGCUGGGUGCUAUUGCCGAUCUAAGUGGUGCUCUACAGAAUGUCAAAAGUCUCAUGGCACCAGGUGGUUACCUUGUUAUACAAGAGUUUGAUUCAAUGAUCGCAAAUUCCCUGUGCAUUACGGGUCUUCUUCCAGAUUGGUGGGAUGGCAACGGAGAGUUCUAUGCACCUUCUGUAUCGCCUGCCAGCUGGAACACAGAACUUCAUAAGGCUGGGUUGAAGGAGGUAGUCGGAGAUAUGCCUCUCCGCAGCACGUCUUUACCAGCCACUACCACUAUAGUGGCAAGCGUUGCUGACCAGGAAAGGAAGGGGGGAAGCGUUGUAAUCCUCGGUCCUCAGGACAAUGCCUGGGCCCAGGAAGUGGCAUGUGCUCUUCGAAAUAGUGGGCACACCGUAAAUUGGGGCACUUUGAAUGGACAAGUGUCCCCAACCGACACGGUAAUAUCCCUUCUAGACCUCAAUGGUCCCUUUUUUAAGGGUAUGGAUGAGAACUCGCUGAGCGAGUUCAAGGGCUUGGUGGGCUCCUCUGAACGCAUUCUAUGGGUCACAAAGUCCCUACAAAUUACGUGUGACAAUCCUGACUACGGCCUCGUCUUGGGUGUGUCCCGGACGAUAAAGCGAGAGCGGGGACACUAUUUUGGGACAUUUGAAAUUGACAAGUUUGACAGCAAUGCCGUCAGAGCGCUGUUGAGGGUAUUUAACAAGUUUUGCCAGCAGUAUCAUGCCAAAGAUACAACUGAUCUAGAUUACGAAUUUGCGUUACAUGAAGGAGUAAUACACGUCGGGAGAUUCCAAUGGACUUCAUUGACCGAGAAGCUAUUCUCGGAUUCAGCAAUCGGUCUACCCACAAAGCUUGCAGUCUCUUCCCCGGGGUCCCUGAAUUCUUUGCAGUGGACCCCAGAUGGAACUAUGACUGGUAUUCUGGGUGCCGACGAUAUUGAGGUCGACAUACACUAUGUUGGAUUGAAUUUUAGAGAUGUCAUGAUCGCUCUCGGGAUCAUGGGGCAUGAAAAUGAGUUUGGCGGUGAGGCAAGCGGCAUUGUGAAGCGCAUAGGAUCAAACGUGAAGCACCUGUCUGUUGGAGAUAGGGUCUGCGUAGUACAGCCCGGCUUAUUCCAGACGCGAACAGUGGUUCCUGCAAGUAAUUGCAUACGUUUACCAGAGAAGCUGGCCCUCGAGGAUGGUGCCACCAUGUGCAUUGCGUAUGGCACGGCCUACUACUCCUUGAUUGAUAUUGGAAGGCUAAAGAACGGCGAUUCGGUAUUGAUUCAUGCUGCCUGCGGGGGCGUUGGGCUUGCUGCCAUCCAGAUUUGCCAAACCUUUGGCGCAGAGAUCUACGCCACGGUUGGAAGCGAACAGAAAGUUAUGUAUCUCGUCAACACAUUUGGGAUCAGCCGAGACCGUAUAUUUAACUCGCGAGAUUCGUCCUUUCAGCACGACCUCUUACGUAUGACCGACGGAAGAGGCGUGGACCUCGUGUUGAAUUCGCUAGCCGGAGAGCUCCUCCACGCCUCAUGGAAAUGUGUGGCGAAAUUUGGCAAGAUGAUCGAGAUUGGAAAAAGGGAUUUCAUAGGUCGUGGCAUGUUGAGUAUGGACGUCUUUGCCGGUAACAGGGCAUUUUUCGGGGUUGACCUUCUGGAGCUGGGCGAGAAGCCCGGGUUUAUUUCCAGACUCUUUGGCAAGGUUCUUGAGCUUUUCGAGAGAGGGCAAACCAAUCCAAUCCGCCCAAUGAAGAUUGUUAUGCCCACGGAAGUGGAAGAUGCUUUUCGAGAGAUGCAAAAGGGUCGACAUAUGGGAAAGAUUGCAUUGAAAAUGGCCGGCGAUAUCGUGUCAUUUCCGCCUAUGAAAGUUCGUCAGCAGUUUUCUCUGUCCCCACACGCCGCCUAUCUCCUAGUUGGAGGCCUGGGGGGGAUUGGCCGGGCAAUUGCCACCUGGAUGGUAGAGAAGGGCGCCCGAUAUCUGAUCUUUCUUUCUCGAUCCGCUGGUGAGUCAGACACAGAUCGAGAAUUCUUCCGCGAACUUCAUGUUCAGGGCUGCUUGGCAGUUCCUGUGAAGGGGAGUGUAGCAAUCCUCAACGACGUCAAGCGAGCAGUUGCUGUCAGCCCGAAACCUAUAGGUGGCGUGCUUCAGCUUUCCAUGAUUGUAAGAGAUCAGUUCUUUCCAGCACUAACGUACGAGAACUGGAAAGAAACCUUAUCACCGAAGGUCCAAGGAACGUGGAAUCUCCAUGAGGUACUCUUGGAAGAAACAUUGGACUUUUUUGUUGCCUUCAGCUCGGUUUCAGGAGUCAUGGGGCACCAUGGACAGAUUAGUUAUUCUGCUGCAAACACGUUCUUAAAUUCAUUCGUGCAGUAUCGCCGCCUGAGGGGGCAUCCUGCGUCGGUCAUCAACCUCGGCUGUGUGGAUGAGAUUGGUUACCUUGCUACAGAUAAUCCUAGGUUGAGAGAGGGAUUGCGGGCAGCAUCGGUCUGUCUCUUGAGUGAACAGAACAUACUCGAUGCUCUAGAAAUUGCGAUCACUCGGCAGAGCUUCUCAAAGAAAGCACCCACGGGGCAGCAAGUCCUCAUAUCAGAUGACUUUACGGUGGGUAUGAACAACACCAAGCAUCGCUCCGACCCGACAGUUCGCCAAAUGUGGGGGAAGGAUGCGCGAUUCAGGGCCUAUGCCAAUUUUGAGGCGCAUACAGCGAGACAAUACAAUUCGAGUGCGUUAGAUAAGGUCAGGGAAACAAUUGCGAGCAUAGAGAAAAACCCCGAAAUACUGGAUGACCCUGAGUGCAGAGACCGGAUAACAGCGGAGAUGUUUGCCGCAGUCCGGACGCUAUCAGGAUUUGGAAAGGACCAAGAUGAUGAGCAAGUCAUGCAGAGUCCUAUUGACUCACUGCUGACAUUUGAGCUUCGCAACUGGUACCGACGAUACAUCAAUUUGGAAUUGUCUUCUGUGGACAUCGCGAAUGCUGGUACACUUGGUGGCUUGAUGCCAAUCACCAUCGCGGCGCUUCGUGCAAAAUACGCCAAGUAG